AUGGGUUUUGUCUCGGCACUUUUCGCCCCUGUCUCUUCCACCGUCUCUCUUCUCUAUGCUAAUGUAUGCCGUACCGCCAAAUUGUGCUCACCUUCCCUUUUUCUUCAGAUCUUUCUUAUUUUCUUCACUCUUGUGAUUGUCGGUGUCGCCGCUUUCCUCAUCUCCUACUACUUGUACGCGUUCACCCCGCAGUCGAACGCCUCCAGUCGCAAUGGAUCUCCGAGGACGUCGCCUAUCAGUCAGUUUUCCUCUCGAGAAUGUGCGGAAUUCGGAGAUCUUUAAGUUUUAUUUUGAAAAUUUUUUUUUGAUGCUCAGAAAAAGGAGUUUUGAAAUUUUUUCUGUAUGUUUUAUUAUCAAGUUUUCCUUCUCGUCUUUUUCGUUUCAGGCCCUCUCAUCGUUGGCUUGUGGAGACGAAAAAUUUUUUAGUUCAUGACACCUGAAACUUGAACUUUCAGACCAUUUAAAAACAAUUUUUUGCUCUUUUGUAUUCAAUAACAACCCUUCAUCUGAACAUUGAACUCAACGAGUUAACUUCGAAAAAAUGAUAUAUUGAUAAUAAAAAGAAAUAUGUCAAAACCCCUUUCUGACACUCUAGGAACUUGAAAUUGAGACAAAAAUUUGAUUCUGAGACGAGCGCCGUCCUUGAUCGUGGAAUUUCAGAAGCACAUGCGCCGAGGGUCGAUACGAUAGCAGAGGUGGACAGCGAGACUCCGGCUGACCCUAUGCCCGAAAUUCCAUACCAUCGACGGAUGCGAAAACGCGAUUGGGCCAAGAAAAUCUACAAGAGUAUUGUGGUGCGAGAAAAUCAUGAGAAGCUCUCUUAGCUGGGUUUUGUUCAGCAAAAUGACUCGCCUCUGCGGACGCCUUCGGAUGAUUCUUCCAACGAGUCCCAGGCCGAUGGAUUUGCCAGUCGAAGGAAAAUCUUCCGACGUCGCCAUUCCACUGGUCCCCUCCAAAUGGCCAAAGAGUUACUCAAUCCCCUGUGAAAACCGAUUCAAUCAACAGUUUGUAGACUUAUUCGACGAGGAAGUCGUAAUUAUUUCCGACAAACCUCGGAGAACAUGCGGGAGCCGAGGCCUCUGCCGCCGACAGAGUUCUUCGAACCGACAGACCUGCCGGAGAUUCCCCAGAACUUGCAGCCCGAAAUAUUUUAUAUCCUCCAUAAUUUGAAGUGGGUUUUGGAGUAAUAAACAUCGAAGCGAAAUUUUAAUGAUUUUCGUUUAAAAAAAUUGAUAGAAAGUUGAUUAAAAAAACGCUUGUACAAUUUUUUUUGCUCGUAGAGAAAUUUUUUUAAAUUUGAUUUCUUGAAGCUUUUUCGAUUAUUUUCUGGCUUCACUUUCUAAAAUGAUGAUAUUUUUCUUUCAAAAAAAUUAUCUUGGUUAUAAGUUCAAAUGAAAGUUUUUUCAGUUGCUGUUGUGCAUUUAAAAUUUCUAUGAAAACAGUUUUCACUGCUUCUAGUUAUAAUUUGGAACACAAAUAUUUCAGAAAAAAUAGAAUAUGUAAAAAAAUAAAGAACUUUACCUUUCAUUUUUGAGUAAAUCUCCAUCCAAGUUCAGAUUUUGCGCCAAAAAAAUAAGACCAUGGCUUUUUAACAAAUAUAAUUCUUUUUUGUGUUCAUUUUGCAGCACAAAAUAUCCAUGUAAAACAAAAAUGUAUUCUUUCGGCUUUUGUUGGAAGCACGAAAAAAACUUUCCUUUUGGAUAAUUUUUUCUGUAUUCAGAAUGUUGGAACUGCCAUCGGAAUGGAAGUUGGAUCCUCGAGACAUCGAGGUCCGUACUUUCACCAAAGGAGAAUACAUCGUGAAGCCGGGCGAACCCGACGACUCCAUCUACGUCGUGAUCGAAGGAUCGGUAUCUGUGCACAUCAGGGUUUGAAGUGAUGCCCUAUUCAUGAAAUGCUCCAUCUUCUCAGCACCUCGAGGGCAAGGAGUACCUCGUGAAGAGAAUCGCCGCCGGCGGCAGUUUCUUUUCUCUUCUCUCCAUGCUCGAUAUCUUGAUGGCAAGUCUGAGAAACAUGCAAUUUUCAUUCUUCAUCUUCAGAAUUUCCCUUCCAUUUUUCGAACUGUUUCUCUGAAAGCUGCCGAGUCGUGCAAAGUCGCCAAGUUAGCAAUCAUUCUUCUUUUUUUAUCUCUUAUUUUGCUUCUUUGAGAUUCCCUAUCACAUCCUUCCGUGAAUCGUACAAAAUGCACCCUCAGGCCUGGAUUCGUCCCAUUCAAAUCGUCAUCACCCGCCUUUUGCACGUCACCCUCACCACUCUUCAUCAGUACAUGGGACUGAGCAGCGAACUUAUGAAGAGAGUUCGUCAGCCGCUCAUUUUCCCGAUUUGAGAAUGGCCAUUUCAGUGGCGAGAGGAAAAUGCGCAGAAAGUUCGACAUGGCAGUGGAUCUAUCAAACUUCCUCUUGGACAAGGCAAGAAGAAGGAACGCUGGUUUAAUCCCAAUGAUAGUAAGCGGAUUUCCUAUUUUUCGAAGUUAAGAAUGAAGAUAUGGUCUGUCUGCCAGAUAAGAUCUUUUCGAUAUUUCUCACUUUGAGUAUUUCUUAGGCGAGGCUGAUCAGUUGGCCGUGGCGCGACGUUGGUUCGCCGAAGCUUUUGGAUUCACUUCUGAUGAAGCGGCUGAACAUAUUGGCGAUAGGGUUUGCCCUAAGAAACUUUCAAAAAUUGGAAUGGAUUCUUUCCAGCUUUCUCUGGCGACCUAUGAAGCCGGAAAAGUGUUGGUGGAGCAGGGCGCCGAGGAAGAACAACUCAUGAUUAUUCUCUCCGGCAAUGUCAUCCUGCAACAGGUUUUUCCUAUCAAUUUUUCGCUUUCUUUGGUUUUUUUUUGAGUUUUCGAGUUUCAUAAUUCAAGAAUUACAAAACGGAAAGCUUUUUUUCUAUUUCGUUUAGUUAGUUGCUAGAAAUAAUGUUCAUUAUCUUGCGUUUCCUCUGUAAUAUUGAUAAAGUAUUUUUUGAAGUUCCAUUAUCUGACUCUUGGACUUUGGUUCAUCAAUAAAGGAACCUUUUUUUUGAAAACUAGAGAAUUUCGUUUUCUAACAAGUUGAGAAUCACUAUGAUGAGUUCAAAUAAUAUUGUAGUCAUUUUCUCUGACUGUAGUAUAACAAGGACAUGAGACUUGUUGAACCCAUCAGCCUCAUGUGAUGGCCAAUCUAUUUUGUCGCUUUUUUCUCCCACGUGAGUCGGUUUCCCCGACAAACCUGUUCAAGUUCGAAAUUUGACCUCCACUUCCUUUUGUUUUUUUUGUUGUUUACGUCAAAACCUUUUGAUUGACGUUUCCAGGAAUCGUUGUUUGACGAAGAGAACACGGAAGAUGAGGAAAACGGGAAUAUCCGCGUCGGACCCCGGGAACUCGUCGGAGGACUUCAGCUUCUCACAAAUGAACCUUCUUUCUACACGAUCAGAGCCGCUGUUAGGACGACUGUCGCGGUCAUGCGAAAGAAGGAUUUUGCGACGUUUUUAGACUUUCCCGGAUUUGACUGGAUUUCGAGAAAUUUAGAUUUCUGGAGGUUCAGCCGCAGAUUUACCUUCCCGUGGCACAUUCUGUCCUCCGACGACUGUCGCCUUUCUUGAGAGGUGUCGACUUUGCUCUCGACUGGGUUCUGGUCGAUUCUGGACAUGCUGUUUAUCGGUUCAUUUUUCGUCCUUUAUAUUCGGAUAUAGCUUAUUCCGCGCCAGCUUUUUUAAGUUUUUCUGCAAAAAAGGACCUUGUACAAAAUUUGACCAAGUUUUUUGCUGUCUUUUUCGCAGUUUUUUUAAGGCGAAUUUUGGUAGCUUUCCACCAGAUGCCAACAAAUGAAAGAUACACUUUUUUAUUUUUAAAGAAAAUAACAUUCUGGCGAAGGACGAUAAGCAUCGUUGGGCAGAAGUUUACUAGUGAGAAUUUUCCAGAGCUGGUGACAAUGCCGAUUCCAUGUUCGUCGUUUUGAGCGGUCGACUGCGAUCAGUUGAGAAAAAGACAGUAGUCGAAGAAUUUGGCCGUGGCGAUGUCUUGGGAAUGGUUCGGCAUCAUCUCGAACCGUAGAUCCCAUCCUUUUCAGAUGGAAGUUUUGACGAAAAAGCCGCGUUCCACGACCGUCCUCGCCGUCCGAUUCUCACAAUUGGCUCGUGUACCUGAAGGCCUUCUCAACUUCAUCAAGAUGCAGUUUCCACAAGUAAAUACAGUUUUCAAAGCGGGAAAUGGAAAAACCGACUUCAGGUCGGUUUCCGGUUGGUCCAGCUUCUCGGCCAGUACUACAGCUCAAUGAAUCGACGUGGACCUUUUGCUGUCCCGGCGAUCCGAUCCCAAGAACUCUCUUCUACGGAUCCAAUGAGUCACAUCAAAGUUAGUGACCACUCUUUUGAAAAAAAGUUUGAAUGAUAAUAUUUUGUCGAUUUUUCGAAAAACUUUGAUUUUUUGAAAUUUGCGGAUAUAAAACAUCGGGUUUUCGAACGAAAACAUCCAUUCAUGAAGGAUCCGUGACUUCAGAACCUUCACACGAUCGCGGUUGUUCCUGCGAGUUCCGACGUGCCUCUGGUACCUUUCACCUGCGAACUCUACCACGCACUGUCCACCAACCUGCGCGUUCUCCGACUGAGCAGCCAGAAAGUGGCGACCUACUUGGACAGCUCCGUCUUGGAGAAACAGGCCGACUUCCGGCUGAUGCACUGGCUCAACGUCCAGGAAGACACCUAUCCGCUCGUCAUUUAUGAGUGCGACUAUCAGGCUACCAACUGGACCAGGAGGUUGGUUUUUCGUUGAUUUCUGAACGUUGAAUUAGAAUUAAAAUCAACAAUAUGAUUAAAAAUUUAUAAAAUUUGGUCCAGAACGGCAAGUUUCGAGAAAGAGUUGAAUAAUGGAAGUUUUUGAAUAUCGAGAAGUUACUGAAUCCCCUUUUCGGCUUUCAAAAAGUAUUUUUAGAGUGGUAUUUGACAUAAAGGCAAAGCGAACAUUGAAAUAUGAUGAGUAUUUUUUAGAAACGGAUUUCCAGCAUGCAAAGUUUUCGCCUGUAGAUGCGAGAACUCUGCAUAACUUAACCAUUUUUCAAUAGCCGGUUUCUAGAUGCUUGCGUCAGGCUGAUGCCAUUCUCGUUGUUGCGUUGGGCGGUAAGAAACCUGAAAAGCAAACUUUAGUGAGUUCGAGAGAAUCGACGAAAAAAUGACAUAAUUUUGUACGAUUCAGAUGCGCGAGCUGUUGAGCAUGAACCAAGAGGGAGUUCGAACCAACAAGGAGCUGAUCCUACUGUGGCCGGAGAGCACUCAAACGCCCUCCGGGACCAUCGAAUGGCUCAAGAACAGCUACUUUUCUGGUCAUCAUCACAUUCGCGCUCCGAAGCGAAUGUACCAGUGGAAAAAGUUGCGAAAGAAUAGCCGCGACCGAGAUCUUCCUUUUGCACCGGUUUGAUAUCCAUUCUAACUUCGGAGUGAAAGACUUUGUUCAGACUCUGGAACACGAUGUCAUCGAUUACUAUGAGAAGAACGUUUUCUGGACCACGGACCGUCGAUCUGAUUUUGCGCGACUGGCCAGGAUUCUGACGGGGAAUGCAAUUGGUCUUGUCCUAGGAGGCGGUGGUGCCAGGUUGGUCUCCAUCCGAGAUUUCUCGAUCAUAAUUAGACAAUUGUACACAAAAAAAAAUCUAAGGACAACAGGAAAAGUCGGGAUUAGAGAAAAAGAAGAAAAUAAACAUAUUAAAUGCAGUGGGGAUUCAUCCAUAAAGCAAAUCUCUUGCAAAACAAACAUUUGGCAAAAAUUCAAUUUUUUUUUCCUUAUUUUUCAUCAAAAAUAAGAACUUCAGUAAAUUUUCAAUUAAAAAGUUCUACACGCAAUAAAAAAAAGUCUGCAAGAUGGCAUUGUGUUUUCUGCCUUCAAGGGGAACAUUUUCAGAGGCGCUGCUCACAUCGGAGUCUUGAAAGCCCUGCGAGAAGAGGGAAUCCCCGUGGACAUUGUCGGCGGAACUUCCAUCGGCUCGAUGAUUGGCGGUCUGUACGCAGAGACGCCGAACGAAGAGGUGGUGGAAAAAAGAGCUGGCAGCUGGUUCCAGGUACCUUCCCCUUCCAUCGAAGAUUAUUUCACCUUUUAACUUCAGGUAAUGACUUCGUUGUGGAGGAAGAUCCUGGACCUGACCUACGCCCACUCGGCCAUGUUCACUGGAGCCCAGUUCAACAGCACCCUCAAGGAUUUGUUCGGCGAACGUCUCAUCGAGGACUUGUGGAUCUCUUAUUUUUGCAUCUCUACGGAUAUCAGGUUGGUUCUUGAGACGAAUUCUUCCUCAUUUUGGAUCCAGCACCUCCGAAAUGCGGGUUCAUCGAGCCGGUCCUCUUUGGGCCUACUGCCGUGCUUCGAUGUCGUUGGCCGGCUAUUUGCCGCCUUUGUGCGAUCCUCACGACGGCCAUCUCUUACUCGACGGAGGCUACGUCAACAACCUCCCUGCGGAUGUGAUGCGCAACUUGGGAGCUCAUUGUGUGAUCGCUGUGGACGUCGGUUCGACCGAAGAAGUCAAUCUUUACGACUACGGAGACUCGCUCAGCGGCCUCUGGGUCCUCAUGAAAAGGUUCAAUCCCUGGGGAGAACCUGUCCGCAUCCUCAACAUGGAGGAAAUUCAGGCAAGUCUGUUCCGUGAAACUCUUUGCUUUUGAAAUCUUCGAGGGUCUUUAUCCGACAACUGGUUAUUUGUACACAGUUUCUAGAUCUUUAUCUCAUGUAUCAAGAAAAAAAUUUGUAGGAAUUUCAGAAAAAUUCAGUUUUUUUCCCGAGCAAAUUAAUUUUUUUCUUAAUUUUUUUCAUAAGUUUUUGAUACUCCCAGAAUUUUCAAAUUUUGGUCGAAAGGUAGUGUAUAAAUGUGUAGCGUAUGAAAAACGUCUCAAUAUAUUUGAGGCCUUCAAAAUUACAUUCUUGGACUUACCUAAAUUCGGCAGUAUUUCAGAGUAGACUCGCCUAUGUUUCUUGUGUUCGACAGCUUGAAGUCGUUAAAAAAGCCAAUUAUUGUCAAUAUGUCCGUCCACCGAUCGAGCCGUUCAAAACGCUCGACUUUGGAAAAUUCGCAUCUAUCAUGGUCAGUUUUAUUGCAUCAUUUCUCUAAUCAGCCGUUUUUUCAAGGCUAUUGGGUAUGAAUAUGGAAAAGACAAGGUUCGUGAGUUUGCAAAGAACGAAGUCCUCCGGGCGACGCUUCUCGGCGAGGAGAGGGACGUCAGUCGUUUCAAGCGACAGGGCAGUCGCAGAGAAAAGGUUCGGAAAUUACAGAUGAGAAAAAAAGAAGAAAAAAAAAUACGUUUGAAAAAUUUGUUUUGACCCUUGAUAGUUUUAAAGUCAUGACAUUGAGACUGUUUUAAACUGAAAAGUUAACGCAAUUAGGUUUCCUUCCAUUCAAAGGGGACCGAGAAAACAAGGAACUGGAACGCUGAGGAGUUUUUUUCUUUUUGAGAGAGAAAGAAAUCAAAAAAACGUCAAUAUAGUUCUCACAAUAAAAGUUUCUUAAGGUAGCAAAAAGAAAUCAGAUGGAAGCAAUCAAAUAGUUUAUUAAAAGAUUUAGUUGUAAGUGAAUCAAGAAAAAUAUCUGCUUUUUCUAUUUAUAAACAACGUCAGAGAUGAAGGUGGAGGUUACAAAAAAUAUAGUUUUAUCGAAAAAAAAAAUCUUAAAUACUAUGGAAAAAAUGAAAGAACAAACUAAAGGUCCCCUGAAAAAUUUUCUUUUGGCCUUACUUAACGGCUACCAACAGGAAUGCUUUUUAUAGAGAAGCGACAUGUCCAGAGCCGUUUCCUUCACGGAUCUCGCCGCGGCCAUGUCGAAAAUCCCUGCGGUCAGACCGACCCUCCGCCAUUCGAUGAGCUGCAACACAAGACGGGACGAUUUCCUCCUCGACGAAGAACUUUUUGCCGGUUUGUUAUGUUCUCACAAAACCACCUCUUCAACAUCACGCCUUCAGAUGAAUCGUCGCAGUCGGAGCUCGGCGACACUUCCAACGAAGAAGAGGAAGACGAAGACCUGGAUUUGGUCCGAGGCGUGACUCCCCGACCCAAUAUGUAG